AUGCACAAUCGGAGAGUCCGCUAUGCUCAAUACCCCAAUCCCUUGCUAUUCGUUGAGACGAGUCCGAACUUCGUCCCGAAUGCCAUGGAUGCUGCUCCAUCCCCUGUUAUCCUCGUUGCGGCCGGUAGCGCAGGUUUCGGUGCUCAGGUAGCCAGCACUUUCGCACAGCAGGGCUACCGAGUAGUCAUUAACUACAACUCCAAUUCUGAACGUGCGGAGAAGUUACUCGCCCAGAUUUCGGGGCAAGAGGGAGACAAUCCGAGCACGAGCACCACCGCCAUCACAUUCAGAUAUAUAGCUCUCUGCGCAGAUCUAUCUGCCCAGUUCGAAAUUCAACGUCUUGUACACGGGACUUACAAAAUAAUGGGGCGCAUUGACGUCGUUCUCUCCAACGGAGGCUGGUCACGAUUUCGAGAUACAAGCUCGAUAGAUGAUAAUGUCUGUGAAGAGGACUGGGACCGUGCAUUUGCCGCGUCUGGAGGAGGUGGAGGGGUCUUUUAUCUUAUCGGGUGGAUUAUCUUCAUGGGCGAGACUGCUACGGCCGCAAGUUGUACUAUGAACAGUGUCCAGGUCAUCGUCGGGAUGGUCCAGAUUACGUACCCUGAUUGGGAAGCCCCGCGGGCUUACGACGUCCGCACUGAUAUUCUCUUUGUCCCAGAAACACCCUCCAGAUUCAAGGGCCUCAAUAGCAAUUCAGACUUCUUAAUGAUUCCAUUGGUUGAGCCACAUAUCCACUACACCCUCGGUCGCGACAACUAG